UUGAGUGUAAUCAUUAGAAAUGGAAACAACAAGGAUGUUAAAAUUAACAGCAGAAACCCUUGUAAGAGAUGUGUUCAUGUACGGGGAGCUUUAUAAACAGCUGUUGUCAUCACUUGUAUCCUGUUAUGCAAUCAGUCCACGUGGAAAAACAGCUUUUAUUUCAGUAAGAAAAAAAAAAAGAAAAAACAAUUCCUGUGCCAGCAACUGUGAAUGAUUAAGGAUUUAUAAAAAAACAAAAACAAAAAAAAAAAAAACAUAUUUUGGAUGGAUUAUAAAGCUUUAUAGUUAUUUGCAGCGUCGGGCAGCCACAUUGUUCACAGCCUGUUAUGUUCUAUCUGGGUUAGUGAGGGGCUAACUUGGCCGAAGCGUUUUACUGUCGGAUGAAUGAACAUCUGGCUUGCACUCACAGCUGGCGCACCAGUCUCUUUACGCGCAAGGAAGGCAUCAUUGGCUGAGAACCGACGCGUGUCACAGAGAAGACGGCGAACCAGUAAACUGGCUUUGAACGAACGAGUAAAACUAGUUUCAGUGGCUCCCUUGUUCUCGGCCAGUUUGGUCUCAGUGAUCACUCCCAGCAAACAGUUCACCGACCGGCGGACUGAUCGACUUCUCUGUUUCUCCGACCGGAGCUGGAGCUGUCCACGGUGCUGAAACAUGAACCAGAGCGCAGGAGCAGCGCAGCACACCCGGCGGUACUCCAGUGAUGAGAAGGACAUAGGACCCAUUGGACCAGAUAGAAACUGGAAGGGCAUUGGCAUCUCCCUGCUGGUUAUUAUGGCGGUGCUCUCUCUCAUUGGUAUGUCCAUUGUUCUGCUGUCAAAAGAUGAUGGUGGUAAACCCUUUGGUUCACAGUUGACACUGGAUGACCUCUUUCACAGAAACUUCCAAAUACAUGAUCCUGAUGCAAAGUGGAUCAGUGAUGAGGAAAUCAUCUUUCGGAGCUGGGAUGGAGACAUUAUGAAACUCAACAUUCACAGCAACGAGACAGAGCUCCUGCUGAAAAACACAACAUUUGCAACUUUUAAGGCCUCAAAGUUUGCAGUUUCUCCAGAUCUGAACUUUGUUCUUCUGGGAUAUGAUGUCAAGCAGGUCUACCAGUACUCUUUCUUGGCAUCGUACCUGAUCUACAACCUGUAUACAAGAGAGGUGCGGGAGUUGAAUCCUCCAGAGGUGUCUGAUUCAGUCCUCCAGUUUGCCUCGUGGGGAGUUCACGGUCAGCAGCUGAUAUAUAUAUUUGAAAACAACAUUUACUACCAAACGGAUGUCCAGAGCAGCUCGUGGAGGCUCACGUCUUCUGGACAGGAGGGGGUCAUCUACAACGGCCUCACUGACUGGCUGUACGAGGAGGAGGUGUUGCACACCCAGGCAGCCCACUGGUGGUCACCUGACAGCUCCAGAAUGGCCUACCUCACCAUCAACGAUUCUCUGGUUCCUAACAUGCUCCUGCCUCGCUUCACAGGCUCUCUCUACCCCAGAGGGAAGGAGUACCCUUAUCCAAAGAUGGGACAAAUCAAUCCCACCGUCAGACUCUAUGUCGUCACUCUAGACGGCAGCUCCGUAACAAAUGAACUGAGACCUCCUGACAGUUUUGAAAAAAGCGAGUACUACAUCACCAUGGUGAAAUGGGUGACACAUGACAGGCUGACUGUGCGUUGGGUGAAUCGAGCUCAAAACACCUCAAUACUUUCACUGUGUGAUGCCAUAAGUGGUGAUUGCACCAAGAAACACGUGACGACAUCAGAGAAGUGGCUUGAUCGUCAGAAUGAGGAGCCAAUAUUUUCCAAGGAUUGCACAACAUUCUUCAUCACAAUGCCCUUAAAACACGGUGAUCGUGGGACAUUCAACCACAUCACCAUGAUCUCUAACCAAUCUGAAGGUCAAGAGGUCAACGUCCGCCACCUGACCUCAGGAAGCUGGGAAGUCUUUCAAAUUCUGGCCUAUGAUGAGAGCACAAACUCAGUUUAUUUCCUGAGUACAGAAGGAGGCUCAACACAACGACAGUUGUACAGAGUCUCCGCCGUGGAUCCGUUUCAUAAAGAGUGCCUCACCUGCUCUCUCUUCAAAUCAAAAUACACCUACUACGACACCAUCCUCAGCCCAAACUGUCAACAUGUUCUUCUCAACUGCAGAGGUCCUGGAAUACCCCAAACUACUCUUCACAGACUAAAUGAUAUGAACAAGCACAAGACGGUGGAGAUGAACACAGUAUUAAGACAUGCACUGAUAAACAGGACAAUACCCAAGUGGGAAAGAAGAACUGUACAAAUCAACAACUUUGUACUUCGUCUGGAGUUAACUGUCCCAAUAGGUUUUGACGAAGCAAAGGAGCACCCACUUUUACUGAUUCUUGACAGCGCCCCUGGUGGUCAGGCUGUGACUGACGGCUUCUCUCUCAGCUGGGACUCUGUGCUGGUCAGCUCAGACGGCGUCAUCGUGGCUCGUCUAGACGGCCGGGGCAGCGGCUUCCAGGGUCAGAGGAUUCUGCACGAGGUUCACCAGAGACUGGGAACUGUUGAUGUUCAGGACCAGAUCACAAUUGUGGAGCACCUGGUCAGACUACCCUAUAUCGAUGGCAACAGAGUUGGAGUUUAUGGAAAGGCAUAUGGAGGAUUUCUUUCCUCUCUCCUGCUCCUGUCCCACAGCUCCAUGUUCAAGUGUGGCAUCGCUGUCGCUCCCAUAACAAACUGGAGACUCUAUGGGUCGGCCUACGCUGAGAAAUACUUUGGCUCCCCAACAAAAGAGGAUCACAAAUACCAAAUUUCCAGUCUGCUCAGUAACGACACAGCUCCGAGUCCUCUGAACUUUCUUAUUAUCCACGGCACAGCAGAUGCCACUGUUCAUUUCCAGCAUUCUGCUGAGCUGGUCAAACUGCUGUCUGCAUCAAAUGUUAACUACACUCUCCAGAUUUUCCCAGAUGAAGGACACAACAUGGCCUCCACAAAGAGCCAACAAUACAUGCUAAACUCAAUGCUCAUCUUCUUCAAGCGCUGCUUUGAGGAAGAGCAGGUUGUCGUCCCGGAGACGUCUAAAGAACUUGACUAACCUGUAGAAAAUCCUGCGACGAGACUGUUCAGUGAAGAGUGUAACAAUUGCUGUCAUGAGCCAACAAAGAGAGGCGUUGUUUUCAUGAACGGCUCCCGUCUCUAAAAGCACUCCAAAAGCAUUAGUAUGUAAGAUACGUAGGAUUUGCCAGGAGCAGCGUAGGGAUUCCAGGGUUGUGAUGUUGUGGAAUUGAACAGAUGGUAGUAUUGUCACUGUAUUCUAAUGCUUCAGAUUAUACUUAUUGUUUGUAAUGUUUGUAUCAUGUACUGAGUACAAAUGUCAGGGAAUCAAAGAAACUUGUAUUUUUGCAUUUUACAGUAUAAUUUUUUGCUGACUGUGAAUAUUUAUAUUUACUGCAGAUGAAACAAUUUAACUUAACUUAACAGAUCACAUCACAAAACAGUUUUUGUAGGGGCCUUUUUACCUCAUUAGUCGUCACUAUUUUCCAACAUUAUAGCCAACAAAGUGUUCAUAGACUUACCAUAAUGUCUAAUUAAAUAAUGAAGAUUAUUCAUUGUCAGUGCUGAGGCACCAGAGCAUCUGCGUCUCCAGUAGCGGUUGAUUGAUUCCUCACAAGACUAAAGAAACAGCCUGAUCUCCUGUGAAGGCGUAUAAAUAGCAUGACAUUUUAAGAACUUUUUGCAUGUCAUGAUAAUAAUGCAUUUUAGGCUUCUCACGUGUCAUUUCAUGCCACAAGCUUAACGUUACGAAACAACUUCAUUUAACACCAUGCCGUCACUGUGAAACCAUCGCAGUUAGGUUCAGGCAACCAAACCACUUAGUUAGCUUUAGGAAAAACAUCAUGGUUGGGCUUCAAAUAAGUACAUAAACUAAUUAAAAUAUGUAUCUAAACAACUUAACAGAAGUAUGGAAAACACAAA